AUGACCGCCGGAGCAAUGGCCACGGCCGCCGGAGCGGCGGUGAUGCUGUACCUCAUACUGAAGCGGAAUACAGCAAAGAAAGAAGAAGAAGAGUGGUCGAGAUCGCGGAGGUGGAGGGUGAAGCCGGCUCAGGCGCCGACAACUCUGUUGGAAUCGAUUGCGACGUUGUCAGAGACGCUGAGGUUCACUUACUCGGAGACUCUGGGAAAGUGGCCAAUCGCUGACUUAGCCUUCGGAAUCAAUUACUUCGUGCGCAAGCAGGGUGAUUUGGGAGUUGCAAGUGUGUAUGGUGGAAACGGCUGUGUAGAGCUGAAAGGAGCUGAAGUUGUUGCAGAGUUGCAAGAGCUGUUGAGGUUGUUGACGUUCUGUAUGCUUUUCUCCAAGAAACCGUUUACCGAGUUUCUAGAUUCUUCUGGAUUCUCUUUCGACCAUGUCCUUCUCCAUAAGCCCAAAGCUCAGCUUCUGAAGCCUGCUUUCACAAUUAUACGUGAUAUGCAAUCAAAAUGUUUCCUUCUAUUGAUCCGGGGAACCCAUAGCAUAAAAGACACGCUAACAGCUGCAACGGGUGCUGUGGUCCCUUUCCACCAUUCCAUUUUAAAUAAUGGGGGCAUAAGCAACUUGGUUUUAGGAUACGCUCACUGUGGUAUGGUUGCUGCAGCUCGGUGGAUUGCUAAGCUUUGCACUCCUACACUACUUAAGGCUCUUAGUGAAUGUCCUGACUUUAAAGUCAAGAUUGUCGGGCACUCGCUUGGUGGUGGUACUGCUGCACUGUUAACAUAUAUUUUAAGAGAACAAAAGGAAUUAUCUUCAAGCACCUGUGUCACAUUUGCCCCAGCUGCCUGCAUGACAUGGGAGUUAGCUGAAUCUGGGAAGCACUUUAUCACCACCAUUAUAAAUAAUUCUGACUUGGUACCCACAUUCUCAGCUUCCUCUGUUGAUGAUCUCCGCUCCGAGGUUGCUGCAUCAUCUUGGCUGAAUGAUUUAUGGGAUCAGGUCGAGCAUACAAAGGUUCUGAAUGUUGUCUACCGCUCAGCAACUGCACUUGGAUCUCGCUUACAAUCUAUAUCUACUGCAAAGGACAGCGUAAUUGGUGCGGGUGCUAUUUUGCAGCCAGUAACUAAUGGCACCCAGGUUGUGAUGAAGCGUGCACAAAGUGUUGCUGAAGCUGUUAUCAAAACUAUGGGUACACGCCGUCGGAAUAUUAGCCCAUUGCCAAACUCUAAAUUAGAGAACUUCGCUGAAGCUUCUCAAGUACCCGAGAGAAUGAAAGAAUUUGUUCUGACCGAAACGCCUGUGCUGAGUAAGGAUGAACACAUCUCCUCAAGUGGAAGAUAUGGGCAUGAUGCCAUAGAUGAAGAGGAACAACUCAUUGAUGCUAAUGAGUACAUAACCACUUCUUCCCCGGUAGAUGACAUCACUGAAAGCAAAUUGUGGUACGAACUAGAGAAGGAGCUUAAAAGCCGGGACAAUUCCCAGAACAGUCAUGCUCAGGAAGAAGAGGUAGCUGCUGCAAAAGAGAUAAUUGAAGAAGAGAAUCAGCUUAUUGAUGCUGCACAAGGUAGCAGCCAUCCAAUCACAGCAUCUGACGACUUGGAUAGCUGUCGUUUUUAUCCACCAGGUAAAAUCAUGCAUAUUGUCUCCUUACCCUCGUCUGAUGACUCUACUUCAAACUCCGUUGAGGACCAUGUCAACUUGUAUGAAACGCCUAGAAAGCUGUAUAGCAAGCUCAGACUUUCAAGAACGAUGAUAAAUGAUCAUUACAUGCCCAUGUAUAAGAAGAUGAUCCAAUUAUUAAUCCAACAACUAGAGAAAGAUGAUACUGUGAAAUAG